AUGGCGACAACAAUUACAGAGAACAGGAAUAAUGAAAUCAAUCACAUGGUGAUGAAUGUCGAGGUGGCUGUUAAUGACCAGGAACGAUGUCGUGUUGGUGUUGAUGCUGACGGUGUACCUUCGUCUUUGCCUUCUCCUCAUAUUCUGAAAGAACGAUUUAAAACUAUCAAUGGUGAUGCAGGUGAAGAACAAAGUGGGAUUUCUGAAUCUGAAGCAGAGGGGAAGGUGAAUGUUCAGAAGAAUAGAGGUAGGAAAAGAAUUCGGAAAGGGAACAACGGGAUCAGUGAUACUGCUGCUAAAUCUCAAGAGAAAAAGAUCAAACCACGUGGUCGCCUGAAGCAGGUUGUUACUACAAAAGAAGAGAGGAUGGCGGUUGGUGUUGUGAAGUCAAGUGAUGAUGAUAACAAGUCCUCAAAAGAAACAGAAGAAGGUAUGGUUGAUGCUGAAACCGAUCUUGCUACUACUGAUCGAGAGGGAAAUGUUAUCAACCAAGUAGUAAACAACAAAGACGACAAAAAAGAGAGUGGAAGGCCCAAAAGAAGUACUAGGAAUGAGGUUAUUAAUUAUGCAAUUUUUGACUAUUAUUAUGAUUUUGAAGAGGAUGUACGGAAGAAGAUACACCAGCGAUCAGUUCCAAAGAAACAAAAGAUGGGUGAAGAGGAACAAGAUAAAGAAGAUGGUGAUGGAGGUAUAGAACAAAAUGGGGGUUCUAAAUCUGAAGCAGAGGGGAAGGAGGGUGCUCAGAAGAAGAAAGUCUGGAAAAGAGGUCGGAAAGCGAAGAAUGGGAACACUGUUACUGCUACUAAAUCUCCAGAGAAGAAGAAUAAAUCACGCCAGAAAAAGCUUUGUCUUUCUACAAAAGAAGUAAGGAAGAUGACAAUUGGUGUUGUGAAGUCACGUGACGAUGAUAACAAGCUCCCAGAAGAAACAGAAGAAGAUAUGGUUGAUGCUAAAACUUCUAUUGCUACACCUGAUCGAGAGGGAAACAGAACCAAUGAAGUAAUAAACAGUAAAUAUGUCAAAAAAGAGAGUGGGAGGCCCACAAGAAGUCCUAGGAAUGCCGAUUUUAGUUAUGCUGAGGAUGGAAGGAAGAAGAAACAUCUGCAGACAGUUCCAAAGAAAGAAAAGAGAAGCAAGAAAGCUUCAAGCUCAAUCAAGAAGGAGGAAUCAAGGCCAAGGUGUGCCGCAAGGCACAAGGUUCCAGAUGAAAAUGGAAAUCUAGUUUAUGUACCUUCAAACAUGUGUCAUCAGUGUCAAAGAAACGACAGUGGACGAGUUGUUAGGUGCCAGAAAUGCACUACAAAGCGUUACUGUGUCCCUUGCAUGACAAGAUGGUAUCCUAACAUGACAGAGGAGAUGUUUGCUGAGUGUUGCCCUGUUUGCUUAGACAAGUGCAACUGUAAAGGUUGUUUGCGGGAUGUGCAUCCUAAAGUCAAACAAAAGAUUGAUUUUAAACCUGAUGAUGAUCAGAAAAUCCGGUAUUCUGUUUAUAUCCUACAUGUGCUUCUUCCAUUCUUGAAGCGUCUCAACAAGGAGCACAUAAAGGAGAAAGAAUUAGAAUCUAAAAUUCAAGGAUCUAUUUUAUCAAAGGUAAAGUUGAAGAAGGCAAAGUGCAGCCCAAAUGAGCGCAUGUACUGUGACUUUUGUAAAACAUCAAUAUUUGAUCUGCAUAGAAGCUGCCCUUCUUGUCAAUAUGACCUUUGUCUUGAAUGUUGCUGGGAAUUGCGAGAUGGAAAACAUAUGGGAAACAAGGAAGAAGUUAUGGCUGAUUUUAAUGAUCCAGGUCCUGAUUACUUACAUGGGGGGAAGCCUCUGAAAGCUAAGAAGGCUGUUAAACAUCCUCCACGAAAGAAAAAGCAAACUCAUAACUGGAAGUCUCUGGAUGAUGGCAGAAUUCCUUGUCCUCCAAAAAGUAUGGGUGGUUGUGGUUGUGGUAUUUUAGAGUUGGUUCACAUAAGGCCACGUGACAGUGUUUCAAAAUUGUUGGAGAAAGCACAAAAGCUCUUAAAGACACACAAAAUGGAGGAAGAUAUGAGGGAUAUGCCUGAGAAAUGGUGCACAUGUUCUUCAAAUGGUGGUGAUCAGCAGUUACGAAAAGCUGCUUCCCGUGAAAAUUCAAAUGACAAUUACUUGUAUUGUCCACGUGCUAUUGACAUUAAACCUGGAGAUUUAAAGCAUUUUCAGUGGCAUUGGUCAAAAGGGGAGCCUGUAAUUGUCAGCAAUGCUCUUGAAACUACACUCGGGUUGAGCUGGGAACCCAUGGUUAUGUGGCGUGCUUUUCGCCAGAUUUCAAAUCUCAAUCAUGAUCAGCUCUUGGAUGUAGCUGCUCUUAAUUGUUUGGAUUGGUGUGAGUUAGAUAUCAAUAUUCAUAAAUUUUUUACUGGGUAUUUGGAAGGUAGAUAUGACAAAGAAGGGUGGCCUGAGAUCCUAAAGUUGAAAGACUGGCCUCCAUCAAGUUUAUUUGAAGAACGGUUGCCACGUCAUGGUGUUGAAUUCAUCACUUCCUUACCCUUUAAAGAAUAUACACAUCCUCGUGAUGGAUACUUUAAUCUUGCAGUGAAGUUGCCUAAAGAAUCUUGUAAGCCAGACUUGGGUCCUAAAACAUAUAUAGCUUAUGGCAUUCAUCAAGAAUUGGGACGUGGAGACUCUGUAACUAAACUUCAUUGUGACAUGUCUGAUGCGGUGAAUGUGCUGACUCAUACUGCAAGUGUGACCCUCGGCUCUGAACAUUGUAAAAGGAUAAAUGUAUUGAAACAACGACACAAAGCUCAGGAUGAGAGGGAACUUUUUAGACUGGUGGGGAAGAAACAUCAAGAUGUUUAUGACAUGAAAGAUGCCACUGCUGAGGUAGUUGUUGGCCUGAAAAAACAAGGUCUCCCAUUUAAAAAAAUCAUUGAAUCUAAAGUUGAAAAAAGCACGAGUGAUGUCAAUAUGGGAGAAACAAGCGCUCAUGUUUAUGCCCAUGUUUACAGUAGACGCAAGCGAAAAAGUGGGGAUGAAACAGCUUCUUGUCUUGUGACUAGUACUAGUGAUCAAGCAGAUGAAACUGCACUGAAGGAGGAUAGAUGUGAAGGACCUGAGUCUAAAAGUGAUGAAAAAGAUAAGAAGAAGAGAAAGGAUUCCACGAAAAAAGUUGAGGGACAAGAUGGACAUAGAAGAAGUACAAGGAAUUGCAGGAAACAAGUGAAAGCAUCAGUUACAAAUAACGAGGAAACAGAGGCUAGUGAAGAAGUUAAGAGUAGGAGAAAGGAUUCCAAGAAAAGCGUUGUGGGACAAAAUGGAAUUAAAGGACCUAAAAGGAAGGGCGAGAAAAAAGUGAUAUCUUCUGAUGGUGAAGAAGUUGAUAACCAGGUUGAUAUAUCAGGUAGAUGUGUGGAUGGAUUUGAUUUGGGAGAUGGAGGUGCUCUGUGGGACAUAUUUCGGAGGGAAGAUUCGCCUAAACUGGAGAAAUAUCUCAAAAAACACUUUAAAGAGUUUAGACAUAUCUUUUGUCGCCCUGUGGAACAGGUCAUCCACCCAAUUCAUGACCAAACAUUUUACUUAACCAUGGAGCAUAAAAGGAAGCUUAAGGAAGAGUUUGGAAUUGAAGCAUGGACUUUUGUCCAGAAGCUUGGGGAUGCUGUAUUUAUACCUGCUGGCUGUGCCCAUCAAGUUAGAAAUCUAAAGUCAUGUAUAAAAGUUGCACUGGACUUUGUAUCUCCUGAAAACGUUGGUGAAUGCAUCCGCUUGACAGAAGAUUUCCGUGUUCUUCCCCAAAAUCAUAGGGCAAACGAAGAUAAGUUAGAGGUGAAGAAAAUGGCACUUUAUGCAGUGGAGGCAGCUGUGAAGGACUUGGAAAAGUUUGAUACCGAAAAGGGAAUUGAAACUAAAUCUAAGGAAUAGGCGGAUGCAACCCACAAGGGAGAGGAUUGUUGAGGUUCCACUUUCUGUAGUAUAUUGUAUUAAUUGCAUAUGAUAGAUUUUAUCAAGUCUUAAACUGAGCUCUGAGCCCAAGCAUACUUCCAAGAAACUCUUUCAAACUGUACUUGUCACUUAUUAACCGAUCAUGUAACAGUUUGUUUUUUUGGCUUGUCCUUGAGCAAGAGUUAUGGGAAAUGCAGGUUUUGUGUUUUUGAGUUUGUGUUGUGUCUUUGGGUUUAUGUUACUUUGUACAUGUUGAUCUUGUGUUUCAAAAAUGGUUUAAUAGGUUAAGCUAUUUAUGUGAAUUUAUG